AUGCGCGUUGCUAUCGCCGGCUCCGGAAGCGUCGCCCGUUAUUUUGCGGAAGAACUCCCCGCGGCUGGCCUCGACGUCGUCAUCCUCACCAGGUCCAUCAAGCCCGAGUUCGAGAAUCUUCCCGGCGUCCGACAAUUCGUCACGGACUACUCCGUCUCCUCGCUCCUCGAGGGCAUCGAGGGCUCCAGCACCCUCAUCUCGGCCAUUCUCGGCUACACGUCCGCCUUCAUCGACGUGCACCGAAGCCUCAUCGAAGCCGCCAAGAAGAGCAGCACAUGCAAGCGCUUCAUCCCCGCCGAGUAUGGCGGCAACCUGGAGGACUUCCCCGACCAGCCGGCCUUCUACUCCCGCCUCCAGGGGGUCGUCCGCAAAGAGCUGGCCGAGCAGGACGAGCUCGAGUGGACGCUGCUGUCGACCGGCUGGUUCGUGGACUACGUCGUACCGAGGCGCAACCGGAUGCUGCAAGACGCGGGUGAUGCGAUCCCCGUCAACAUCGCCGGCGACAGCAUGCUGAUCCCGGGCUCCGGCAAAGAGCUUUUGGACUUGACCUCAGUCAGGGACAUGGCCCGGGCAGUUGCCAAGCUGGUGCAGGCGCCCCGAUGGGAGCGAUAUACGUACCUCUCGGGAGAAAAGUCGACGUGGAACGAUAUCGCGGUGUUGGUGCAGGCGGAAUACCCCCAGGUGACCGUCAGGCACCGCAGUCUCGCCCAGCUGAUCGAGGAUAUUGUCGCCCAUCCGGACGGCGAGGAGCGGAUUGUGGCAGAGUACGGCGUCUUCUCUGCCAGCGGCGCUGGGUCUCUGCCCGUCGACAAGGUGGCCGCUCAUCGCGAGAAGUACUUUGCGGGAAUCAAGUUUAGAACGGCCAGGGAUCUGAUGGCAGAAGUUGAACGGGACCCGGAUGUUAUCGUCUAG